AUGGAGGCGCCAUCUGUUAUUAUUAAAAGUAGUAUUUCGGAAAUCACCACAAUAACAUUGCGGUAUCUUGCGACUGGAGAGACAUUUACCAGCCUCCAGUACGUGUUCCGGGUGUCGAGGCAUUCUAUCAGCAGAAUAGUUAAAGAGCCGUGCGCAUGUCUUAUCGAGGCUUUGCGGGAUUAUGUCAAGCUACCCUCUACCGAAGAAGAAUGGCUUGCAAUCUCAAGACGAUUUGAGCAGCGCUGGAGAUUUCCUCACGCAAUAGGUGCAAUCGAUGGGAAGCACGUUGAAAUUAUUUGCCCUCGUAAUAGCGGAUCCGAAUAUCACAACUAUCAAAAAUUGUUGAGUAUUGUAUUAAUGGUUGUGGUCGAUGCUGACUAUAACUUUUUAUGGGCAGAUGCUGGUGGUAAGGGAGGAAUAUCGGACGGUGGAAUAUUUAAAAACACACGGCUGUAUCACAAGCUAGAAAACGGCCAACUAAACAUUCCACCAGCAACGCCAUUGCAGGUCUUGUACCAAACCCCAGUCCCAUACUUUAUUCUCGGUGACAAGGCAUUUGCCUUUACCAAUUACUGCUUAAGACCGUACAGCGGGGUACAUCAUCCUGAUUCAGUGGAGCGUACAUUCAACAAAAUGCACUCUACUUGUCGUAUGCCAGUUGAAAAUUCGCUUGGAAUAUUAGCGAAUCGAUGGAGAGUGAUCAAAGGCAUACAACUGCAGCCGGAUGUUGCCAAAAGCAUUGUUUUGACAACAGUUUACUUGCACAAUUUUUUGCGCAAGCAUGCUUCGCGGGACACAUACACACCUCCGUCUGCAUUUGAUAGGGUUGUUCGCGGGCGACGUGUCGAUGGAGAUUGGAGAAGUGAAGGGGGCUUGACCGAUCUCCAAAACAUUGCUUCCCGACCUUCAGAAAAUCUUGCUGACAUAAGGAACCACAUUGCAAACCAUUUUAAACAUAAUCGUUCUACGUAAAUUCAUCCAACCAAUACCAUGGAUAUUAAAAUUAAUAAUAAAUUAUGAAAUCGCAAACACAACUA